AUGUUAAAAGAAUGGCCAUUUGUAGUACCAACAUUCGUUGCACUCCUUGCGUCAAGCGCUUUCAUAACUGUGUUCCCUUCCGUGGUUGGUACUUAUAUUAACAGUUUUUCAACGGAAAGCGCCCCAAGCAUGGUACAAGGUUCGUUUUUCGUUAUGGGAGCCGCUAUAGCAUCCUUCAUGAAGUGUUUGCUGUCAGGUUUAGCAAGCCUACGAAUGGCCAGGAGAAUGCGUGAAGAUUUGUAUGCGUCUAUGCUAGGUAGAGAUGUCAGUUUUUUUGACAAGAAUUCCUCCGGAAAACUAUCCUCAGUCAUCUCCACGGAUACAGCGGUGGCGGCAGGAAUAAUAGAUCACCUCUGCCAAAUGGUUCGGGCUUCCGCCAGCUUUGUCGUCGGAACAUACUUCUCGCUGAAACUGGCUCCUGUGUCGCUAAUGGCGCAGACUAUGUUGCCAAUCGUAGCACUUAUGUUUAUAAUUUUGCCGCUUUCUAGGUGUGUACAGAGGCAGACUGCUGUACAAAUGCGGCGCCUCGCUGCCUUGAUAUCGCAUACAGAGGAAAGAUUUUCACAUAUGAAAACAGUGAAAGCCUUCAAUGCAGAGCCAAUAGAGCAAACAGUGUUUGCAGAGAAGAUGCGUCACCUUUUCACCGCCUCCGUCAAAGCUGCACUUUAUAAUGCGAGCAUGAAUUUUGUUGCAGUUGGUGCCGUGGGAUCUUUGAUAAUCCUCACGGUUAACAAAAGUGCCUCGCUUAUAUUGGACGGCACAAUGCAAAUCGGCGAUGUCACAUCGUUGCUUAUGUACACAGCACUGGUCGGUGGAUCGUUACAAAGCUGCACUUCUAGCUUUGCUGAAAUUCGCAAGUGCAUAGGUGCAGCUGUGACUUUGGCUUCUCAUAUGGAUGGGAAUAAUGUUAAAACGACGUCGAAACAUUCCCUUACUUCAGUACCUCCAGAGAUCGAAUUCAAGAAUGUGUAUUUCUCGUAUCCAUUGAGGCCAGACUGUGCAAUCUUACGGAACCUUUCAUUCGUGUUACCAUCCGGUAAAACGUUAGUCAUAUUCGGGGAGAGUGGUUGUGGGAAGAGUUCGAUAAUCCAAGUCCUGCUUGGUCUAUAUGCACCUAAUGCCGGUAGCGUAUGUAUAGAUGGAGUGCCUCUAAGCGAUAUUAACAUCAAGGAAUUGCGUUCUCUGUGUGGAUGGGUCGAACAGCAGGGGGCGCUUUUCAAUGAAACCAUUAGGAACAAUGUUUUAUAUGGAAAUGUUCAUGAAACGGUGGACCUACAAGACUCUUACAAGAGAUCGGGGCUCAUGGAGGUCUUGAACUCAAUGCCAGAUGGUGACAAAACCAUGGUGGGGCAGAUGGGUAAAGGCUUAAGCGGAGGACAACGUCAGAGAGUUUCAAUCGCCAGAACAUUAGCACGUGAUCCCAAACUGGUACUUCUCGACGAAGUGACAUCAGCAUUGGAUGUUGAAUCGGAGCAGCAACUAAACCGAAACCUUGCUGAAUUUUUGAGGGAAAAAACUGCCAUAGUCAUAACUCACCGCCCCACCCUGCUAUCAUUGGCUGACUACGUUAUGGUGAUGCACGAGGGCAAAGUGAGUCAAUUCGGCACAAAAUCCGAUGUGGUAGCCGCACCAUGCGAUCAGUUAUCAAGACUUCUUCACCCGUGUGACAACUAA